AUGGGGGGAUGUUUUUCCGAUGUGAGGGGCGGGAAGGAAGCCGUCGGGGGCCGGAGGCAGAAUUCCCUCUUCAGCACUUCUUCGCCGGGGACGGCAGGGGCCAACGAGGCCGUCAAUUUUUUCUUCAACGCUCGGGGACUCCGGGGAUUGUACACAGAGAUGGAGGUGCGUAGUUGGUGCUUGAAUUGGGUUGUGACUCCGUUACUCUUCUCGCAUUUUCUGUCCUUGACGGUCCUAUGGCCUUGGGAACCAUGCUGCUAGUAGUUCUGACUGGCGCCUCGACGUCAUCUAUAGGUAUUUCUGGUUCGCUUGUAUACAGAAAGGCUCUGCGUAUGCCCAACUACAUUGCUCACGCAUUAUGUUCUGCUGGAAAAUUAUCUGAACGACAUGAUUAUUCUUGUGCAUGGAAACUUUCAACAAUCUUUUCGAUGACUUAAUUCGGUCAAAUUUCAUGUUUUUUUUAUUAGGAGUUACCAAUGGUUUAUCAGUGAUUCGUAAAACCAAACGAUUUUCUCUCAAUAUUACCUCCAUUUUAAUCCUCACUUUGUGGGAAAUGAAAGUUGAUAACUAUUAUGCUGAAACUUUGUUGCCUCAAGCCAUGGAAUUUUCCAAAAGUUUUACGCUUUUUCACAAAACGCUUCCUCUGUCACACAAAUGUAAAACCCCUUUACAUUACAAGGCAGGAUUCCUCAUUAGUACUGAAUCUUCUCUUGUUAUAGUAGUAGGGGAAUGACACAGUGUACGCUUCUAUUAUGGUGAAUGCUAUCCUUCAUGAGCGUAUAAUUUAAUUGUCAGAAUAAAGUUGCAAGUCUCACAUGGGAGUGAAGGGUUCCGACCAGACGACUUCAUGAAAUUACAUGGUCCUCCAUGUGAAGAAAUUGUACGAGAAAAAUGAUGCGAAAAAACUCAAUGAAACGUGUGUACUCUGAGAAUGGUCUUGAUUCAACACAUUGCAAUUCAGGAUACGCAUCAUAGUUAGUGAGGCGGUUAAGGCGAGCGAGCCAUUCAAUUUCUCACCAUUAAUAUCUUUUCUUGUGUAUGACUGAAUACAACUCGUAUAUUCAUGUUUAACUUUGUUGAAUGAAACUUCCAUCAUAUUCCAUUGUGUGGAUGUUCAAAUGGUUUGGCCUCCCGAAACAACUUUUUGCGUCAACAGAACUUUGAAAACAACGAUAGGCAUAGGCAAUGAUGGCGAAUACCUUGAAAUAUGAAAAUUGCGAACGACAUUUAGAAUCAAGGCUAUGCCAUUCCUUGGUUCUUUACUUUAUUUCUCGUGUCGCUGAAGUAUGUGCAUUUUGAAAUCACUAUAAAUAGAUUCCGCAUGAGAAAUACUGCUUUAUUUCACCUGUAGAUUUGGAACAGGCUUUAAGAAGCUUCUUUUCUCGGUGUAAAAGAUAUAUUGUCCCUGAUAUGGGGAUCCUGGCAGAUUUUAUGCUAACAAGGAAAUUUUGGAUUUCUUGGUAAUGCAGUUUGUGGAUUACUGAUGUUAGCCUUAGUUUUUUUAGUGGAAAAUUGGCAUCUCUUGUUAUAGUUCUUUGCAUAUUCUUCUUGUCAUGAAUAUUUUUUGCUCUCUUUGUUAUGAUACAUUCCAUGUAGGGUAGCUUGGUUUGCCUAAGCUAUUUAUUUUUCCUUCUUCUGUAAGUGUGUGGUGUUCCUUUGCCGGUUAAAUGCAUGAAAUUAUUAUCCAACGAAAGUACCAGUCUUAUCUUAUUUUGAAUGAAAUAUUUAUUCUAUUUUUAAAUUUUCGUUAAUUAUCUGGACACUUUGAUAUUGUAAUGCGUUCUCUUGCCAAAACAUUCCUUUGGUACCCGAAGUUUACUUCAUACUUUCUUAUACUACCAUCAGUCUAAAGGAAUAGUUUUCAUUUGUUGGAUACUUAGAGUUAUCUCCACUCUUCUAUGAUGGUCAACGAAGGGUGGCAUGCAACUGUUUCUAUAUUGGUGGUGUUUGUGAUAGUGUGUAUGUUUUGGGGGGGUGGGGUGUGGCCUAGGACAGUGAUGACACCUUUAUGUUAUCUUUCUUGCUAUUUACUGGUUUACUUACAUUGUUCUCAGCUAUCUUUAUCUGCUUCCAAGUUGCGCAAUCGGGACCACCUUUCUAAGGUAUAUUUUCUCUCACUCUCAUGGGGUGUUUUUUUUCUUAUCAUAAAAAAAUAAUAUCUUGCAAUUUGAGACAAAAUAAGGAUGUGAUAAGGGGUGAGAAGUGUCCAAUGACAGAGAUGACAAGGUUUCAGAAGAGAUGAGAAAAAAAAGUCACUAUUGUUUUUGGUAAAACUAACUACGCUGUCCUAAAACACUUUGAGAAUUUAAAUUGAACAACACAACAAAAGUUAAACAAGUUGGGACUGGCCUGUCAGUUCAGAUGAUCAAUGAGAUUUCUGUUCAAUUUUGUUGAAUGUUUCCCUACUUGUGCAAGUAUUCAUGGGUGCACUUGUCUGGCUAUCUGUUUUGGUAGAUGUUUAGAACAAUACUGUAUCUUGGAUAUGCAUCAGUGAUCGAUUGUGGGAUGCUUAUUCAAAGAGGAUAUUAAAAUAACUGCUUGUUUUAAUACAAUAAAUAAUUAGGUCCAGGAGAGUUACAUCGGGAAAGGUAGUGUAAAGAACACUCAAUAGGGCAUUGGAGUAGUCACAGUACGCAGUUAUUCUAUAUGUAUUCUACUCCUACAGAACGAUUCAAUUAUACUUCAACGAUUUUGAGAGUGUUUCAUGUAUGUUGCUUAGACGAUUUUGAGAGUGUUUCAUGUAUGUUGCCCGCAUCAAAUCCUAGCUGCCUGAUGGACAGGAUGUCCGAUUUAUACUUUGAUGCAGAACUUCGACGCUUUAACCAGUCAACAAAGCAAGUUUUUAAGAGACAGCAUCUGGAUAAUGUCUCUAUCGUAAUCGUUUAUAACUAAAUGUUCCAAAUUUUUUCAUUCAAAGAUAUUCUAGAGUUAUUCUAUGCACAAAACUUGAGGUUAAUAUUUAUGGUUGAACUUUAUUCAUUGAUGAUGUCUACGAAUAAAAAAAGAUACUCAUCAAUGUUUUGAUGUCACAAAAGGGAACUGUGGUUUUUUCAGUGUUUAAGUCAAGAAGUCUGUCUCUUUGCUUAUUUUGAUGAUUGUCAAGAGGCCAUUGCUACAGUCACUUCGAUAUUUCUCACGUUGGAUUAUUUCUGGCCUGUUUGCAUCUUUAGUAGUUCAAAAUAACCGUAUGGAAUGACUCUAGAACUUAUCAUUUCUUCAAGAAGGCAGUCAUUUCAGGUGAAAUAUGAGAAACUUAAUUCCGUUAAUUUUUAAUUCUGGGAAAUUUAAUGUUUGAGAAUAAUCUAGGGUCAUGUACAUCUUGCAGAAUCGAUUAUAGUUUAUGUUCAAUGUCUAUGUCAAUGAGCCAGUAAAUGAUCCUUGCCCCUAUAAAACAGAAAAAAAAAACGGUAACGAGUCUUCUCAUACACGUCUGGAUCCGUGUUUAACAGAGAGCCUGAAUCUUUGAGGAAUCUCUGACAUCUUCGAUUUAUGAUUCAACCCACCCAUAAUGAGAAUGAUAAUUUCAACUCCGUCAUAUUUUUACUGCUUGCAGAUCUGCAGUUUUUGGUGCAUAUAAUCUGAUUGACUAUUCUUAUUUUCAUCACAUCUAGGCACCGAUUUGCCAUUGUAUUGUAGUAUGUGUAUCACGUAAUACAUUUUACAGUAUUCCUAUCUACCGGUAUAUGUUGUUAAUUUCUGCCCUUUCUCUUGUUAGAGUGACCCGCUUGCAGUCAUAUAUUUAAAGAGAAAAGAUGGAACACUUGAAGAACUUGGCCGUACUGAAGUGAUAAUGAACACAUUGGACCCUCUUUGGAUCACAAAGCUGAAAAUCACCUACCAGUUUGAGAUUGUUCAGCCACUGCUGUAAGAUUUUCCUCCAAAUCCCAUUAAUUUUUGUUAUUUAUCAUCAGUUGGAUGCGAAAGUGAUUUGGUCGUUGUGUAUUGUGCAUAAGUGCCGUCCUUUGAUUACACGAGUGCCCUCUGUUUUUACAGGUUCAGAAUCUAUGAUGUUGAUACCAGAUACCAUAACAUACCUGUGAAGGUACCUAAUGCUGAUUCUUACUCAUCUAACUGUUUAAUAGAUAUAAAUUCCUUCCUCACUGAAUGUGUUUAAAUCCAAAAAUUAUGCCUGAUGUCAGGUAUGCAUUCUGUUUAAAAGGGUCACCCUUUUAAAGAGGCCUCAAGUAUAGCCUCUUCCUCCAUGAUGGUUCCUUCCCUCCUUUUUCUCCCGUUUAAGUGCUACUUGCUUUAUUUGAACCCAGGAAGAUCAUUUUAGAAUAUAUAAAGCAUUCGGACCUAAACUGGCUAACGGUAGCCUUGAAUUCUAAAUCCAUGUCUCGAAAUUCGAGACAAAUACCUUCUGUCAGGUUUUAUCUCCCGCAAUGAAACUUCGUCCACAAGUUUGAACGUACUAUUUUUGGGUGGGUUACACUCCCAUACAACAACUUAAUUGGUUGUGUUGCCAUCUUUCGUGAAAAUGGAGUAUUAGAUCUUCUCUCUGUUCCUCGAAAUAUAUGUAUACCUCUACAACACUAGAUUUUGAAUUACUAUGGAAGUAAAACGUGCAAUGUUCAAUGUCCGCAAAGUUUGUUUAUGCUGGUUGUUAUGAAUUGGUUUAAUAUGUCUUUCUAUUGGCACGUAUCUCUUGUAUAUUUUCUUCCUGUCUGACGCUUGUACUUCCAUGUGUUUUGUUGAUAAAAAGAACUCAUGACCUCAUCUAUCUGAAUUAAGUUAUCACAUUUUAAGACAUUGCAUUCUCAUCAUGCAAUCGUAGUACUUUCUGUGGUGGCUGUCACUGCCCAACUUGUUUUGGUAACCCUAUCCAUACUACAGUGAUGCCUUAAUCAUGACAGUGAAGAAAAAAGAACAUACAUACAUGGUGGAUGAAAAAGUUAUCCGAACAUGCCCUGAUAAAGUGACAGAAAGUUUCUCACCACAACAAAAUGAAGCUAAAGAUAAGAGUUUCCCAUUAAAUGAAAUUCUUGGUGGCAUUGCUACCAACGCUAAAUUUGCAUGCUUUGUCACUUGAAACACCUUCACAUAAGUAUUUAUUCGUAAUUUAAAGAUUUACCAAUUCUUCAUCUCUCUUACAUAUAGGUAAAACGUUCAUUUUCGAUCACAGACAUUUUAAAAUUUGAAUGAAAUCUAUUGGGCCAUGACCUGAGAAAGCCAUGGAGGCAUGGCCAAUGCUUUGAUGUGAAGAAUCCCAUGAGAAUACUGCUCUCACCUCCCCUUUAUUAUGCAUUUAAGAUUUCGCACUUAUCGGCAUCAUAGUCCCAUUUCUAUGAGAUGGUACAUAAAUGAGGGUCCCAUUUUCCCUAUCUUUUUCUUCAUUCAUUCUAAUGCACGUGUAGUUCAUAAUUUUCUAAAGUAAUUGAACACUACGUCUCAUGAAUAAUUGAUCAAAGACUCAGGCAUUAACAAUCGUGGUUGAUGUAAAAUUUGGAUUAUAGGGAUGUAAUGAACUCAUCAUAGCUCACAAGUAUAAUGUCACGAAUCUUGGCAUGCAUAUGAUGGAAGUCUCUUCAUGAAACGAAUGUUUACCAAUAUUUAUCAAUCCGUAAAAAUUCCAUCAGCACCAGAUCAACACAAAGAAAUAUAUACAACAAGAAUAAUAUGAAUCGGAAACAAUCAUUUAGGAGAACAACCAACCGCACACACUUGACUCCUCCACAUUUGAAUUUUAGUUGUUUGGAAGAAAAUUUUGAGCUUUUCAUUAACUUGAACCAUUGAGGUAGUAAUCCAUAGCCUUGAUGAGACAAAAAAACCCUAAGUUUGCACAUUUUUCUUAUGUCUAACCCAUUUCUAAGUGGCCUAUCACAAUGAAUUAAAUGCUUGUAUACUUUUGACCUGGUCAAGCCAUAGUACACAAUGUAGUGGGUUCAGCACUUCUUGUCAUAAAUACCAUCAACCUCACAUCAAUGGGUCGGGAAAGAUAUGGCAUGGCCUACCCCAGAACGCAUUCCCUGCUGGCUGGGGGUGAGGCCUGGCCAACACCAAAGCUGUCCAAAGAAAUAGAGGGCUUGGCUAAUUGGUCACAACCCCAGCUGCACUGACACCUUUUUUGGCACCCAGCAGCCAGAUAAGAGAAUACAAUAUUAGUAGUUUAAAAUGAGAAUAUACAUGUUUAUUGUGUGCAAAAUUUCCGCUUAAUAGCAUAUUCUUGCUAUAAACCUGGAGCCGGUAAGUUAGCCUUCUUUCCCUAUUAAAUAGCUUCUCAGUGAUUAGUUUCAAUGGUUGGUCUUCAGCAUGCGAAUCAUUUUCAGCUGCUUGUGGGUCUAAUUCUCUAGCCAGAGAUGAGUUACUGGGAGACCAAAAUUAAUGGCCAAUAUUUCCUCUGCGUCUCUGACCUCAGAUGGUUUUAGCCAAGUUGAUAGCAGCCUGACAAUGGAGUUGGAAGAAAUCAUUAACUAGCACAUUCUAAACUCUGGUAGAAAGGAAGAAAGGGGGGGAAUAGAGGCUUAUCUUCGGUUGUGCUGGCUUCCUCUCCCCAUUGCCCAUGCAUCUACCAAAACCACCCCCGCCCCUUGUAUGUUCAGAAGAGACCUGGGGGCUGAUCACUGAAAAGGAAAGAUGAAGGAAAAGAGAGGGCUGCGUGACUAAGAGAAAAGAUUGAAGAAGGGCCGUGCCAAUGGUAUAAAUGAGAUGCCUCCCGCCCCUAUCAUAUUUUCUGUGUGAUGGAGCGUAUCACUACAUUUCCCCAAUGAGAUUAGAAAGUCUCUCUCUCUCUCUCUCACACACACACACACACACAGACCCCAAUGAGAAAGAUAUUUCUCUUCCCACACCUCUCAUCUAUACGGAUGAUGAUUCAAUAUUUAUAACACCUCUCAGUAAUGAAAUUAGAGCGCACUAUGCUGUAUCUAAGGCGAACUACUAUCACUCCAAUCGGUGAGCAUAGCUAAUGGGCCCAAUGGUCUAAUGGAUCGGACAUCUUAGACCCAACUUUUAUAGUUGUGCUAGUCUUAUGGCCUCUACCAACUAAAGCACAUUAACCUAGUGAAUAUGAAUAAUGGAGGUUGAUGUUGAUGUGUCACUGAGAGCUGCAUCUACUACAUCCUGGUGAAUUUGUGUAGCCUGUCUUCUUGCAUUCUUUUUUAUUAUGACCUUCGAAAAUUUCUGAAAUUUCCUUUUGCAGACAUUGAAGCUCAAUGAGCAGGACUAUCUUGGAGAAGCAUCUUGUACUCUGUCAGAGGUAAAUGCUACAAACUAUGAAAUACAGAAUGUGAUUUUUCAUUCGAUAAAUUACGAAGUAAUUGGAUCUUUUGUUUUAUACGGUUGCACGGAAUGAUACAUACCUUUUUUCUGGGGAUAAAAAGUAUGGUGACGUAUGUUUUUGUGCAGGAAGAAUAACGAAUACAAAAAAAUCAGAGCUAACUGCUAAACCACAAAAUUGACAUUCUUAAAAAACUUACUCAUCUGUGCAUUAAACCCGAUUUUAUGUAUCGUACCCACGUCCAAAAUUAUUUUUAAUUACAUUUUAUUUUUUAAAAUGUGAGAUCCAUGCCUGAUACUAUCAUUAUAAAUAAGGUUAUGCGAAACAAGUUUAUGAUCAUCUGAUCUGAGAUUGAGAUCGGUACACCUGACUCACUUGGUUCCAGGAAUAAUCUUCAUGGGGUUAAAAAUGCUAUGCUUAUCAUGAUCGAAUGUAUCCUCGUAAAUAAACUUAAUGAAAACAUUAUGAUUAAAAUGUAUUUAAAAAUAUUUAAAAUUUGAAACUUUAAACCAACCAAUGGUGCUUAAAGCCGGGCACUUUUGAUCUGAAUUGGCUGAUUUGAAUCGGGAUGGACACAAAAUAAUACCCAAUCCAAUUUUAUAACGAUUUCCUUUGAAAGAACAGUUAUCAAAUCUGACCAUAUUUGCGGAUUCACUAGUUGACUCGGCCUGAAAUUGGGUAAUUUAUCUAUAAUUGACUAGUUUUUAGGAGUCAGAACUGUUGGAAUUAUACUGGAAACGGAAGAAUAUGAAAGUAUGGCCGCUUGUUGACACAGGAUAGAGAAAGGAGAGGAUGGAAAAAAAGUUUGGGUGAUAAUAAGCAUAAGCAAGGAGAAAAAUCACUUGAUAUAAUUGGCCUUGUAGUCAAUUUAUCUAAACAAGCAACGAAUGGGAAUGAUGAUGUGAGCCUUGCGUUUCUUCUGACAUUAGUCAGGCUCGCCUCUACAUGGCCCCAGAUGACAAUUUCCUCAUUUUUGGGAAGUGUUUCAAAGGUGGUAUCGAUGUCUGGAGGCAUUAGGGUACCUAAUAGGAGGGAUGGUAGGUACUGAUGGCUGAAAUCAGCAUUGGCUUCUUUUUUCUUGCUAAUCUUCCCUCUUCUACCGUCAGAAGUGAUAAAACUAGAACUGGUCAGGGGUUACUGGUACGGGUGUUAUCAGCUUGUUUCUAGCUGGUUUUGUUCUGUUUGUUUAGUUUUCAAUUUUAAAAGGCCUGAAAGAUCAUCAGAUCGAGGAGCACUAAACGACACUCUCUCAAACCUCUUCAAACGAAUGGACUAUCUCUAAUCUGGCAUUUUCUUCUUCAUCUAUCAAAUGUGGAGCAAGACUAAAUCGUUGUGAAGUGAGCUCUGACGUAUAGAGACCCUGAUGAUAGUCAACUGAAGUGUGAGAAACCAGAGAAGGAUUGCAAACUUCUGUUCCUUGAUCAUCUUGCAGUAACUUUAUAGCUACUACUUUGUGCCGUUGGCCCCCUCAUCAUUUUAGAUUGUAUUUUAGCUACCGGUUGGUCUACUUCGUCUCAGAAUUGCCUGGCUUUUUCUUCCAUGAUUACUUGACCAAAACAUCUUUCAUCAACUGUCAAAUGGAUCAAGAUAAGUGUAAAGAUGUGUGAACCACACAUAAGGGGAACCACAUUCACACAAGGUACGACAAACAGAAAUAUUUUUUUUUUUCGUACACCGUGUCCAGAAUCAUACGAAUGAUACGUGUACAUAUUUCUGUGGGCAGCCAUCGACGUAAUAGUUUUACUUGUCAGAAAUACAUGACAAAAGUACGAGAUCUUAUGCACAACCAUGAUUUUAAUCCCCCAGACACGAACCACCUGCUGUUGGGACUUUAUUUUCAUGUUAUGUUUUUGUAAUUCAUAUUUAAGAAAUGAGAAAAUGUGUUGAUUUGUAUUAUUUUUUAUUUUUUAUUUUUGUACCCACAUUCUUAACGUGGAUCAUGAGCCGCAGUUUCAUAAUACUAGUCAUAUAUAAAUUAUAGAAUUCGGAAAUCAUAUAUAACCGUGGUAAUCAAAUCCUUGACUUAUUUUUAGGAAUAUAGUCUCCAAUUUACGUUUUAUUAAGAUCUCUACAUCUUAUUCUCUUUUUAUAUUUUAUCAUUGGUGCGGUUUAUUGUUAUUUUGGGUUCUAGAGCCAUCAAGAUGUGCGGUGCUUAUUUUUCCCUCGUUUUUUCUUUGUUCCAAUGCAGAUAGUAACAAAAAAAAAUCGGUCUUUAACUCUUAAUCUUCAAGAUCAGAGUAGCCCAGUUGGAAGAAAGGAUCUUGGAAAUAUUACCAUCGUUGCGGAAGAAACAGUUUCAUCAAGAUCAGUGGUUGAGAUGGUACUACGUGGCUCCCAUUUAAAAAACAAGGAUGUUUUCUCUAAAAGCGUAAGGAUGAUGAUCCUCUUUUUCUUCGUUUUUUUUUCUUCAAUUUAUGUGCUGCUUACUGACCUUUUGUCUAUGAAGGAUCCUUUCCUGAGGAUAUCCAGGGUAGUGGAAGGUGGAGGCGCCAUUCCUAUCUGCAAAACAGAAGUGAUUGACAACAAUUUGGAUCCAGUUUGGAAGCCCAUAAAUCUCUCCAUGCAAAAACUUCUAAGCAAGGUAUUUUGGGCCGUAUACAAAUCAGAAACUUUUUUCAAGUUGAUACUUCAUACACAUUUACAAGUUAUAUUUAUUUCUACUUUUCUGGGGUUGUAUGCAGGAUAAUCCGUUAGUUAUAGAAUGCUACGAUUUCAAUAGCAGUGGAAAACAUGAACUUAUUGGGUAGAAAAUGAUUCUCAUCUUCCUCUCUGUCUCUUCUUUAAGGUUUCCAUCUUCUGUUUUUCAUGGAAAUGCAGCCUACCAUUUAUCUUAUUAAGUCAUUUGACUCUCGACAGAAAGCUCGAGAAAACAGCAGCAGAACUGGAAUUACUCUACAAGGAAAAAACUGGGGCAAAUUUUUAUGUACCAUCAUCAGCUGGGCACGACCGUAAAAAGGUCAAAUUUGGAAAUAUGCCGAAUCUUCACCCCUUAUUCGUAUUGCCAUCACUUUCAUUCAUUUUUUUACCGUGCAGGUGCUGAAAAGUCAGCUAUUUGUGGAUAGGUUCAUUGAGACGACCCAGUACACUUUCAUUGAUUAUAUUUCUAGUGGGUUUGAGCUAAACUUUAUGGUCGCUGUGGAUUUUACAGGUUCACACGUGAUGCCUUGGACCACAUGUAUUUCUUGGCUAUCCUUUUCUCAAAUAUCGCGAUGUGAUAUUUAAUUUCUCAUCCUUCCCUUCAGCUUCUAAUGGAGAUGCUAGAAUGCCAAGUUCAUUGCAUUAUAUUGAUCCCACUGGUCGAUUCAAUGCAUACCAGCAGGUGGAAGUUUCUUUGCAUAUAAUAUUUUUUUACAGCAUUUUUGGGAAAUAGGUGGCAUAAAUUUAUUCUGUUUAUAAAUGGGGUUAAAUGUUUCGACAGGCCAUACAUGAGGUUGGAGAUGUUAUACAGUUCUAUGAUGCGGAUCGUCGCUUCCCAGCAUGGGGUUUUGGUGGAAAGCCUGCCUAUGGCCCAGUAUCACAUUGCUUCAACUUGAAUGGAAGGACCGAUGUGUAUGAGGUGAGAUGAAAUUAAUCUUGCUGUUUUUCUCAAACAUCAAAUUCGCAAUGCUUUUUCUCAUAGAUAUGCUAUUUUGAUGAUCCCCACAUACUUUAACCAUUUAGACAGGCUUUGUGCCUAUUUAGUGGCCUAUUCAUUUAUUCAAUUAACACUUAUAAUCAGCCCCUUUCUCCUGCAUAUUGUCAACCCUCCACUCCCAAGUGGUCGUUCCACUUCCCCUUGGAAUCCCUAAUCUUAGCACAUAUUUUUUAUAAAUUUUCUGGGCCAAGGUUGUUUUACCUUACUAUAGUUUUUUUUUAUAUAUAUACUUAGGUGGAGGGAGUCAAUGGCAUCCUGUCUGCAUACGCCAGUGCCCUGCACAACGUUUCACUUCUGGGCCUACUCUGUUUGGGCCUGUCAUCAACAUGGCAGCACAAUCUGCAAGCUCGUCCCUAUCAUUUAAUAUAAAUAAAUACUUUGUCCUCCUCAUAAUUACUGUAAGGACAUAAAUAUCUCGUUUCUGUUUGCAAAUUAUCUCUUUAAGGGCUCGCUCAUCACCUUGUUGUUUGCAACUGAAAGGAUGGAGUUAUAACUGAUCUUCAAGGCACCAUAGACUCUCUUGUGAAGGCAUCUGACCUACCCUUGUCGGUCAUGAUAGUUGGGGUUGGGGACGCAGACUUCAAGGAAAUGGAGGUACAAGUCAACGCACCUCUUUUUUUGCUUUCCACUCUCAUACUUGAUUGGAUAUAAUUUUUGACCAGGAUUCAGAAGGAUCAAGCUGUCUGACUAAAUAUCUCACGUUGACUCAGAAACCUGAAAAAAAGAAAGGAAUCCCACCAGUUGGAUUCCUACAGUGACUCAUGCUGGGUUUUUAAGUAUCCAUCUUCAGGAUCAUCUUGAGACCACAACUUGGCUGAUUAAUUCCUUGAUGCUCCAUUAAUUCCCUCUCUCUAAUGGAAUCUGAGCCUUUUUAAGUAUUAGUUGCUAAAUAUGGUUUCAAUAGUUUUAUGGCAUGUUGCUAAUUACACCUGUUGAAGUCAAUACUUUCAACAGGUCUCCACAGUAUCCAUCCCCCUGAGUUGAUAUGAGUAACCUCUUGCUGUGGGCAGUGAAUGGCCAUGUUUUAGAUGAUCAUGCUGAUGAAUGAUAGCUCAUGGUUGAGCAGAUACUGGAUGCCGACAAUGGAAAACGGCUGGAGAGCAGCUCAGGGCGCGUCGCCACUCGCGAUAUCGUGCAAUUCGUCUCACUGCGAGACACUCACAGUGAGUCAAUCUGCCUCCAUAGUCCUAAAUGAUAGCUUGUAAGGUCGGCAGAAGCUAAUUUUUUAUAUUUUUUAUUACUAAUAAUAAUAAAAAUAAGUAAGAAACUGUUCUCAUUUCUUCGAUGUUGCUUUCCGCGCCUGGUAAAGGAUCAAGAUUCAUUAUUUGGCUUGAAUUGGAUAAAAAAGCAGCCUUUUCUAGUACAAGCGAGUUUGAAGAUGGGAGGAAGACAUGUGUGAAAGUCCUCUGACGAAGCUAGAAUCGUGUUGCUGUUUACAGGAGGGCAGAUUCCUGUUGUGCAGUCGCUGCUGGAAGAGCUCCCCGGACAAUUCCUCACCUACAUGCACAGCAGGGGCAUAAAGCCUCUCUUCGUCCAAGAAGAAGCCCAGGCCCCCAACUUUGGAGGAUGA